CGGCCAUGGUACCGAUUGGGCUCUUGUUUUUCGCAAAGCAUACACACUUUCAAAUACUGAGAAACGAAUGGACGUCUAUGUAGACGGCAUAUGGACUGGAUUUUUGAGCGUCGAGCAAGUUUUGAGCCAAAAUGUCAUAUUCAAUGGCUCACCAUUAUAUAUUGGAAAAGAUUCGUUCUACAAUGGAAUUACUGGACAAAUUAG